AUGUGCCUCGUGUGGCUGUUGCUGCUCUGCACCCCCAUGGUGUCCCCCACGCUGGCUGAGGGUGUCACCAGAGUCUUUCACCUGGGGAUCCGCGAGGUGCACUGGGACUAUGCUCCGACGGGGAGGAACGUGCUGGGUAACAAGAGCAUCACCCAGAGUCGCCAGGCCUCAGCCUUCCUCCAGUCUGGGAAAGACAGGGUGGGAAGCACGUACAAGAAAGCUGUCUACAAGCAGUACACGGACGCCACAUACAGCACUGAGGUCCCCAAGCCUGGCUGGCUGGGCUUCCUGGGGCCUGUCAUCCGAGCAGAAGUGGGGGAUACCAUCAAAGUGCACCUGAAAAACUUUGCUAGUCGACCCUACACAAUCCAUCCUCAUGGUGUGUUCUACGAAAAGGACUCUGAAGGAUCCCUGUAUCCCGAUAUGUCCCCCCAGGAGCAGAAGAAGGAUGAUGCUGUUUUCCCAGGAGGGAAUUACACCUAUACUUGGACUGUCCCUGAAGAUCACAGCCCAACUGCUGAUGACCCAAACUGCUUGACCUGGAUCUACCACUCUCAUAUUGACGCACCAAGGGACAUAGCAUCUGGAUUAAUUGGGCCAUUACUUACAUGCAAAAAAGGGUUACUGACUGGCAGCUCCCAAAGGCGCCAGGAUGUGGAUGUGGAUUUCUUCCUGAUGUUCAGUGUGGUGGAUGAGAACCUAAGCUGGUACCUGGAUGACAACAUAGCAUCAUUCUGCACAGACCCUGAGACUGUAGACAAAGAAGAUGAGGAAUUUCAGGAGAGCAAUAAGAUGCAUGCUAUCAAUGGCUACGUGUUUGGGAACCUCCCUGAGCUGACGAUGUGUGCUGGGGAUGAUGUCUCAUGGCACCUCUUUGGGAUGGGCAAUGAGAUUGAUGUUCACACAGCCUACUUCCAUGGAGAAACACUCCGUAUCCGAGGCCACAGGACAGACGUGGCCAGCCUCUUCCCAGCUACUUUUGUCACCGCAGAUAUGGUCCCCAGUAACCCUGGGAGGUGGCUACUGAGCUGCCAGGUCAACGAUCACAUCAAAGCUGGGAUGGGCGCGCUCUACGAGGUCCGGCAUUGCGCACAGCAGGCACCGGCGGCCGCCCCGGGUGGGAGAGUUCGCACGUACUACAUAGCUGCCAAGGAGGUGCAGUGGGACUACGGACCCCUGCAGAUCGACCCGAGCAGUGGAGAGCCGCUGAGCAAGGCAGGCAGCCCUGCUGAGCCCUAUUUCAGGCGCAGCCCGUACCGAAUUGGGGGUGUCUAUUGGAAGGCAAAGUACGUGGAGUACACUGACGAGAGCUUCCGUGAGGAAAAGCAGCCAUCGAAAGAAGGGAAGCACCUUGGAAUACUCGGCCCCGUGAUCAAAGCUGAAGUGGGGGACACCGUCCUGGUGACGUUCCUCAACAAGGCCUCGUGGCCCUUCAGCAUGCAGCCGCACGGCAUGUCCUACGGGAAGGCGGCGGAAGGGAUGUGGUACCACGAUGGCCUGUCCCAGAAUGGGGUUCCUGUGGCACCGCUGCACAACUUCACGUACCGCUGGACCGUGCCGAGGCAGGUGGGGCCCACGGCCAGCGACCCGCCCUGCCUCACCUGGAUGUACAGCUCGGCCGUGGACCCCGUCAGAGACUCCAGCUCGGGCUUGGUGGGGCCCCUGCUCGUCUGCAAGCCGGGCACCUUGGAUGGCAACAACAAGCAGAAAGGCAUCGACAAAGAGUUUUACCUUCUCUUCAGCGUGUUUGACGAGAACCUCAGCUGGUAUUUAAAUGCCAACAUAAAGUACUACUUAAGGAUGGACGAGGCAGCUGUGAAAAAGGAUGAUGGCUUUGAGGAGUCCAACAGGAUGCAUGCCAUCAAUGGACUGAUGUUUGGUAACUUGCCUGGGCUGGAAGUGUGUGAAGGAGACAGAGUGUCCUGGCACCUCCUGGGCUUGGGCAGUGAAGCAGACGUACACAGAGCUGUGUUUGAGGGAAACACGCUGCAGAUGAACGGGAUGCGCAGGGACUCGGCCACUCUGUUCCCACACACGUUUGCCACUGCCUUCAUGCAGCCUGAUAACAGCGGGACUUUCGAGCUGCACUGCCAGACGAGCAAUCACUACCAGGCUGGGAUGAGGGAGCAGUACGUGGUUUCCAGGUGUGGGAAGCAGACCCCUGCCCCAGGCCGGCAGUACUUGGGGGUGCGCACGUACUACAUUGCGGCCGAGGAGGUGGAGUGGGACUACGCGCCCAACCGCACCUGGGAGAGGGAGCGGCACAGCCACGCUGCAGACAGCUAUGCUGACGUGUUUCUGAGCACUGAGAACGGACUGCUUGGCUCCAGGUACAAGAAAGCUGUCUACAGGGAGUACACUGAUGGCACCUUCCAGACCCCCAAGGCCAGGAUCAAUGCUGAACAACACCUAGGGAUCCUGGGUCCUUUUCUGUGGGCAGAAGUGGGUGAGAUUCUCAACGUGGUGUUCAAGAACAAUGCCUCUCGGCCCUACUCGGUCCACGCUCACGGCGUGCUGGAGCGGCAGGCGGGACAGCCGCAGCCCGCCAACCCCGGUGACAUCGUGACGUAUCGCUGGGAAGUUCCCGAGAGAUCUGGUCCAGGCCCAAACGAUUCAGCCUGUGUUCCUUGGAUCUACUACUCCACGGUGGACCCAGUAAAGGAUGUAUACAGUGGACUGGUGGGGCCCCUGAAGGUCUGCCGGAGAGGGACUCUGCGCUCCGACGGGACCAGGAAGGAUGUCAAGAGGGAGUUUGCUCUGCUGUUCCUGGUUUUUGAUGAAAAUCAGUCCUGGUACUUGGAGGAGAAUGUGGAACGUUACAGUAAGGGAAGUCUCAGGGAGAUGAACCUGCUGGAUGAGAAGUUUGUGGAAAGCAACAAGAUGCAUGCGAUCAACGGCAGGCUCUACGCCACCCUGCCGGGGCUGACUACAUACCAGGGCGAGAGGGUGGACUGGUACCUGCUGGGAAUGGGUCAGGAGAUCGAUGUCCACACAGUCCAUUUUCAUGCUGAGACCUUCAUAUACAAGAAUGGCAAAAGCUACAGAGCAGAUGUUGUGGAUCUGUUCCCUGGGACCUUUGAAAUGGUGGAGAUGCUGGUUGGGAACCCUGGGACAUGGCUGCUUCACUGCCACGUGUCUGACCAUAUCCAUGCUGGGAUGGAGAUCCUCUUCACUGUCCUGCCCAGAGCAGAACCUAUGAGCCCUGGAAAACUGUGCUAUCCCGAGGGAUUGCUGCCUGAGGAUGAGGAUGAGUCCCAGAUAAUGGUUUUUGGAUCCAAGGUGGCCCCAGAGCAGAUAGAGGCCACAGUCAUCUCUCUGGCUGUGGUGGGAGUUGUGCUGCUCCUGGCUGCUGGUGUCCUGCUGGGAGCAGUCAUCCGCCUGGAGAGGCAGAAGCGGCUGCGGCGCAACCGGAGAUCCAUCCUGGAUGAUGGAUUCAAACUGGUGUCUCAGAAGAAUUCCGAGUUAUAA